AGAGAAAACUUCCCGCAGAAUGCAGUUCCUGUCCUCACAGACCUUACGUUGGGCUGUCAGCAGAAGGUUUGGGAUCAGAGGGGUGGAAGCUGCAGAGGAUGACAGCUCGUGCAGAGGGACGUAGCUCACCUGCGGAGCAGAACCACGUUUAUACAGUGUAAACAGAGCGGAACCGAAUUCCCAAUUUAAUGCCCGGGCUUUUCCUCACCAGUGAUGAGUUGGCUCCUGUUGUGGAUUCUGACAGCAGCUGGGAUUCAACAGGCCUCCUCCUUGAAUUCCACUGCCAUGCCUCCUGCCCUCCCUUCUCCAACUCCAGACCCGUACAAUGUGACACGGUACUGCAAGUGGCCCUGCGAGUGUCCCAAGGUGGCUCCCAAGUGCCCUCCUGGCAUCAGCCUCCUCAUGGAUGGCUGCGACUGCUGCAAGGCCUGCGCCAGGCAGGUCGGGGAGGAGUGCAACGAGGCCGACACCUGCGACUUCCACAAGGGGCUGUACUGUGACUACAGCUCGGACAAGCCUAGGUACGAAAAAGGAGUGUGUGCAUAUAUGACGGGAACGGGCUGUGAAUAUGACGGCGUGCUCUACCGUAACGGUCAGAGCUUCAAGCCCAGCUGUAAAUACCAGUGUUUGUGCGUGAACGGCGCCAUCGGUUGUGUGUCCCUGUGCUCAGAGUCCCAGCCUCCCAGGGUUUGGUGCCAAAAUCCACGGAGAGUCAAAGUCCGGGGGCAAUGCUGUGAGCAAUGGAUCUGUGAUGAACCAAAGAAAGGACGCAAGACAGCGCCGAGGCACGCAGUGGAGGUUUUUCCAACUGAGAGCUGGCACAAGAACUGCAUCACCCAGACCACCUCAUGGAGCCCCUGCUCCAAGACCUGCGGCCGCGGCCUGUCGUUGAGGAUCUCCAACGCCAACGAUCAAUGUGAGCUCGUCCAAGAGUCCCGUCUCUGCAAUCUGAGGCCGUGCGAAGUAGACAUCACCAAGCAUAUCAAGCCAGGAAAGAAGUGUCUGAAUAUCUACAGGGAAGGUCAGCCCUCGAACCUCACCAUUUCUGGCUGCACCAGCAAGAAGUGGUACCGACCAAAGUAUUGCGGCGUUUGCACCGACGAGCGCUGCUGCAUCCCGUACAAGUCAAAGACCGUCGACGUGGAGUUUGAGUGUCCAAACGGGACCGGAUUCACUUGGAAGAUGAUGUGGAUCCAGGCGUGCUUCUGCAACCUUAGCUGCAGGAAUCCCAAUGACAUCUUUGCAGAACUGGAGAGCUACUAUGGUUACCCAGAAGUUGUGAACUAAAAUGUAGCAAUUUGGCAAAGAACACUCCUUUUUUUUUUUUUUGUUUACUUAAAGACAUUUUGAGUUUUUAAAGGUGCAAUCUAUAUUUUUUUCUUUUGGAAAAAAUUGUAAAUAUGAAAUGUGUCUCCAACACGGAUUCAUGUAGUAAGAAUAUUUGAAGAGGUAAAACAAUAAAAGCCUAUAUUUAAAGUUUAA